AUGUUUAAUGUAUACGCAUAUGACCAAAAGUUGAAAGAAAGGACAGAAAGAGAUAAAGAAAUGCAGAAAGCAUUUAAACAGAGACAAAGAGACUUAAAAGUGAGGGAAAAGCUUAAUGAUAAUUAUGAUCAUAGAAUUGGACAAUUUAUAGUAAACAUGAUUAAAGAGCCGAUAAAAAUCAAGAGCUAUCAAAGGCCAUUGGAAACUGCUGGAAGAGUAUCUGACCCACAAAAGUUUAAAGGUCAAGCUCAUAUCAUACUGAAAGGCUAUCAGUCAGAAAAGCAAAGACGUGAAGAGUCAUUAAAAAAUAAUCAGUUUCUUACUCCCCCCCUCCGUGAGUGAGCAAAACCAUUAGAAAAAUCGCUAUUUUUUGCCCAAAAACCCCACCUUCCAUGAGUGAACAAAAAUUUUUUUAAUAGAAAAAUUUUUUAUGGAAAAAAAAUUUGAUAUAUAAAUGAUAAUUAGUAUAAUGAAAUCUAGAGCUAAUUCUGUUUAAUUUUAAACAAAUUGCUUUUUAAAACAUAAAUUUUAUAAAUUAAAUAAAUAUUUGCUUUCCAAUCUUUGCGAAUUAGGAUUUUUUUAAAUUUCGAAAAAAAAAUUUUUUAUAAAAUUUAUAUAUAAAUUGUUUUUAAAAAAUUUAUAUAUAAAUUGUUUUUAAAAAAAAAAUUAACCCUCCUCCGUGAGUGAACAAAAUUUUUUUGUUCACUCACGGAGGGGGGGGAGCUAGUUCAGUUCCUUUAAACUUUUUUGAGAAGUGACGUGAGAGAGAUGAAGACAAAGAAUUAAAUGAAAGGAUGUAUUUCAAGGUGCAGGCCAUAUGAUAGUAUACUUUUUUGAUAGAGUGUAAUUUCAUAGGAGAAAGGUCGAGAUUCUUUUAAUAGUGCGCCAUUUGAUCGAAAUUAACAAUUUUUCUCAAUCAAAUGCCUCAUUAUAAAAAAAUUUUUGACUAGAUUUUCGAAGAAAUGCCCCAUUAUCAAAAUGCACGAUCAUUUGAAUGCAGCCUUAUUUCAAGCCUCGCACAAAUUUAGAAAGAAUUAAAGACGAGCUAAUGUCAAGGCAUAUAGAUAUAACAGAAAUCGGCGACGACUAUAAAAAGAAGCUCAAACAAAAGCCAAAAAAGGCACUCAGAAAUUCUAUGUCAAGUCAUGAAGAAAGGAAGCCUGAUCCAAAAGACGAGCACUUCGGCCCAAAAGAAAUUUUUGCAAGCCUCCAUAAAAAGACUUACUUCAAAAGUGUCAAAAGCAUACUCAGCAGUAGCUUAACUAACUUCAAUAAAAGCUCUCCUACAUUGGAUCCAAAGAUACUUCGAGAAAUUAGGGCUACACUAAAGCCUAGUGACCUUAAGCCACAAGAGCUUCCUAUGCUAGCCAAUGAAUGCUUGAAAUCUUGCGAUGUUCAAAAAGAGGCUAAUGGAGAUUAUUUGAGAUCUGGCCAAGGAAAACUAGUAGGCAAUCCAGAUAUGUCUGUAAUCGAGACAUAUGAGUUAUUGAAUAAAAUUUCAAAAUAA